GAGUGACGUGGCUGCGGGCCAAUCCGCCUCCGCGGCGACGCCCCGCCAUAGCUGUGUUUGAAGAGCUGAGGCGAAGCGGCGUCUGAGGGGAGCGUCGCCAUGUUCCAAGGCCCCGAAAGCGACGUGGCCAAGCCCAGCUCCAGGGUGCUGAAACCUCCGGGAGGAUGCUCUAGCAAUGUCUUUGGAAGCCCAGAAGAAGUCUCUGUCCCUCUCAAACCACGCAAAGCGACCUCAAACAUAUUUGGAGGUGGCGAAGAGCCCCAAGCCUUUGCAAAGAAAACAAACCCUCCAGGUGGAAAGGAGAGCGGCAUAUUUGAAGACCAUAAACCGAAUGCUUUGCGUCAGCUUGCGAAUCCCCCAGGUGGGAAAACCAGCAAUAUCUUUGGAUCCCCACAGCCUUUUUCCACUGUCAAAGCACAUCCAAACAAGCCCAAGGAUCACACUGUUAUAUUGGAUGACAGAGGGGAUUCGCGUAAGGAAUUAAAAACAAAAGCUCCAGAAGACCCAAAACCCCGCGUGGAAGUCGUAAGAGAAGUGGUUGAAGCGCCGAAAGAGAGCCCCAAAGUGCCUGGGCCCAAGAUGGAUGACCACGAGCCCCGGCUGGGGCCACGACCACGUUCGCACAACAAAGUCCUCAACCCGCCCGGAGGCAAAUCCAGUAUUGCGUUCUAUUAGGGACCCCCCCCCCCCCCAUUUCUCCCCAUGGAGUCAGCACAGAAGCACGCCCAAACUUUUGAUACGAUAAUACUUCAAGAAGGAAAGUGGUUUGGCUUAUUCAGUAUGUGGCAGAAGCCAACUUGAGCAUUUCUAUAUUGGGUUUUUUUAAAGGCACAGAUCUGUUUUCUGAGAUACAUUAUCCUUCAUGCCUGAUCACUCCUGUCACUUUCUGAAUAUGAUGAUGAAAAUGUCCUGUGACGGGCUGCUGCUACAUACAUCCCCCCCCCACCCCCCCGAAAACAAAUAUGGCUUUCCCGAAGCUCAGAUUGGCUUUUAGAGCUCUCAGAUAAUUUUGUUCAUUGUAGAAAGAAGAGGAAGCCAGCAAAAACACGUAACUAAAGCUCCUGCAGAACUAUGGAUUGUAGACAAAACAAAUCAUGCGCAAAUUAACUUUAUGGAGCCGUCUCAGAAACCCUAGUCCUAGAGGAUAGAGUUUGGAUGCCAAAGGAGGUUGCCGUUGUGGAUGAUGCAAAAAUCUGUGAAAAGAACACUGCCAAACCACUUUUGCGUAUAAAUAGAAUUUUGCACGACAAGCUGAUUAAGAAGUUAGUGCUGUCGCUAUCCUCCAAAGAGAGGCACUGAGCUGCUUCUGCCCUCCAAAAGCACCUUCUUGUCACUAAUUCUCUGCUGACUCCAUUCGUCUUACUUGCCUUCCUUUAUCAGCCUUAAUUUGCUUUCGGCUACUUCCGCCCAUGCUCUGGUAGUCAAGUUGCCAGGUCUUUGUCCCCUCAGAAAACACCUGUACCUUUAAUUUCACAGCAGUCAUCUACAGUAGAGUCUUGGUUAUCCAACAUAAACGGGCGGGCAUGAUGUCGGAUAAGCGAAACUGUUCUAUGAGGGCUAUCCAGAAAGUAGAUUACAUUUUGGAAUUAAAACGAACAAAGUAUAGGAUAAAACAUUUACCAUCUGCAGUUGAAAGCCACACCCAAAUACCACUUCCCAACAUAGUCGCCAUUCAAAUCUAGGCACUUAUCAUAGUGAUGAAUGAGCUUGGCAACUCCUUCCCCACCAAACUCUGCCGCUUGCGUCCUCAACCAGCCACCAACACAGCGUUUUGCCACACCCAAAUACCACUUCUCAACAUAGUCACCAUUCAAAUCUAGGCACUCAUCAUAGCGAUGAAUGAGCUUGGCAACUCAUUCCCCACAAAACUCUGCUGCUUGCGUCCUCAACAGUGUGCACCCAGCUGCAUGGGGCUGAGUGUCCCCAUGAAACAGCAAAAUCCCCGCGCUAUUGCAAUGCUGAAAUACAGCCAGGCUGAAGAGAGGAGCAAAAGGAAGCAAGGAAGAACCCCGCUCUCGCUUCUUUUGCAAAGAGAUCUCAAGAGAAUCAAAACAUUGUGGCUUCCCUUCCCUUAAGGAAAAGGCACGGCUUACCUAAGAAGGCCUGCUUGGCCUGGCUGCUGAGCAAGCUCCAGAAAGCGGCCUGGAGAAGAUCAGUGUAGGCUUCCGAGAAGAAGCAGCCAGGAUCGGCCAGGGCUUGCAAGCGGCAGAAUUUGGUGGGGAAGGAGUUGCCAAGCUCAUGGCGAUGAUGCACAGCUGCGGAAAGGGGUGACCAGCUGGUUGAGGACACAAGCGGCAGAGUUUGGUGGGGAAGGAGUUUCCAAGCUCAUUCAUCGCUAUAAGUGCCUAGAUUUGAAUGGCGACUAUAUUGAGAAGUGGUAUUUGGGUGUGGCUUUCAACUGCAUAUGGUAAAUGGUAAAAAGCGGAAGUUGGAUAACUGGGACUCUACUGUAUUUUGUUUUGUUCCUUAUAUUCAUUAUAGAAAAAUCAAAGAAUCCUGUUUGUGGAACAUAGUAAGUCCCUUCUAAUUGACUUCAAAAUACAGGUCACGUCUCUAGGCAAGAGCUUGGCAACCCUAUCUGGAGACAUGGAUUUACUUAUCAUUUAUAACAAGUGUGUGUUAUCGUUAACUCUCAGUCUUUCUCUGUCUGAUUUGGGCUGGCUCCAUUUUUGCAAGAUCGUUUUCUUGCGAUGCACUUUCUGUUUAGUUUGUAAUGCUGCAUUAUUUCUUGUACUUGCGCCAUGUCAGUUUGGUAUAAAAGAAACUAUGGUCGGGAACCUUUGAUUCUCCAAAUGUUUGAUCCUUAUCUCCCUGCCUGUGAUACAGACUCGGGAAACAUCUGGCGUGCAAAUAUUUCCUACCAAAGGGAGGAAUCUUCCAUAUGGGGGCCUGUUGCUUUCCAACGGUGCGAUAAUUAAUUGUCAACGUAUAGUUCUCGGUCUGCAGCGGCUUGCCUUUCCACUCCUCUGUGUAUAGGAGUUUUGUCAGUCACACCAAAGAACUAGUAGCCUUCCUGGUUCUGAGUAGCAAGAGUGGUGCCAGAUGUUAAAAUAACUCCGUAUUUUGUAGAACAUUGUGCCUUCUUGACUGAAAAGGAUAAUGUCUGCUGUGUGAACGUGGGGAGGAAAAGGGCUUUGUUGCAUUUGUAGUUCAUAAGACGUUGGCCUCCUCCCUGCAUUGAAAUGGGAAAGGCCACUUGGUUGUGGAGUUAAAUCAGGAGCAGUGUGUGUGUAAACAGUGGGCCAAAGCCUGCUUUUCUGACAUCAUUUGUACUGUUGUUUUGGAUUGUCUUCCUUCUGUCUUAAGGACCAAGCGUGGGCUUUGCGGGGACUGAAUGAAUCAUGAAGGUGCUUUUUCACCAGUGCCUCUAUUUGGGAUGAUAACAGUUUUAAAGCUAAGCCUUAAAUUAUUAUUACUUAAUAAACGGUGUGCCAUUUUGUUCUUAAAGGGGAGGGGGGGCUUUUGGAGACGCUGUGUCUCCAAAAGGGGAACUUUUUGUAAUUGCAACUAGAAUGUGUUUCACUCGUGUGCUGCUCAAUAAACAGUUAUGUUUUGUGAAUGCCAUUACGGGAUGGAUGGUUGAUCUUCAAGGCUUGGAAGUGGCCUCUCUGUGGGGCUCCGUGUGCUUUCAUCACCGGUCCUGGGACGGAUAGGGUGCCAAAGAUUCCCUCUGCCUUGGCGAACAUUGAUAGACCGUGUCUGUGUAUCUGUUUACAUGGAAUGUACUGAGUGAUUUAAGCAUAUGUGGCAGGUCCCUCAUCUAGACGCUGAAUUGAUACAGCUAUUAUUUCUUGGCUGGUAAUGGGAAUUAAAAUCGUACUUAUUUCUCUCCCUC